CUUAGUAUUGUCCUCGUCUAUCUUGGAUUCACUUUGAGAUUGAGAAUGGGAUGAGAUUGAGAACGAGAGAAAGAAUGGGAAUGGAAACGAGAAUCCAUUAUCCUUCCCUCCCUCUACCUCCGUCCAUGAACGAUGACAGAGACAGACGAAGCACAUAAAAGCCCCCUCGAAUCCCAACUCAAUACUCUCUCUCAUCAUCAUCAACAAUCAUCUCCUCCAAACAACUCUACUACAACUCUACUUUCAAGCUCACGCUUAACCAAUCUACCAAUCUACAAAAUGUCUGCUAAGAACUCCGGUGUCCGCAAGGCUUCCCCCGGCGGUGGCUGCAAUGUUAUGAAGGCUUCUCCCGGCGGUGGCUGCGUUCUCAUGAAAGCUUCUCCUGGCGGUGGAUGCAAUGUUAUGAAGGCUUCGCCUGGUGGUGGGUGCAGUGUUAUGAAGGCUUCUCCCGGCGGUGGCUGUGAGAUCAUGUAAACGCACUUCAUCAAAUCCCAAUGAUAUCGAGGGCAGGGCAGGGCUUUAGUUCGAUGAACGACGACAAUAGAGUUAUAGCGCGAGCAAUCGACUGGUAGAUCCGCUGCGAUGAUGUCGUUUGAUAUGGUGUGAUGUUUUUUUUUUUUUUUU